AUGCAGAUGCUAGAAGGCCAGUCGCAUGCACCACAGCAAGGCAGAGAGCUGAGCGCGCUGCAUCGCCAGCGUGGAACAAGGAAGUCUCUUGGACCAGGUUGGCCUGAAAAGACCGGGCCAGGCUGUGAUUCUCACCACAAGAUCCGAGCCUGGCGCAUCCGCCCGGGCUGUGCAGGCGUUGCUGUGAGGAUUAAGGAUGAUGGACAUAAAGUCAUUUACUUGCCUAAAGGGGAGUCGGUGAAACUGGGCUGCCCCUUUUCUUCCGAUCCUGAAGAUAACACCCCGGAUAGCGACUGGGACAUUCAGUGGAAGCAGCUGAAACCUGGUCCAUACUCCCAGUACAACCCGCUCCUGGGUUAUCAUGACCACCGUAUCAUCUACCCGGGGCCUCCUGAAUUCCAGCAGCGGGUGGGAUUCACCUCCACAGAUCCCAGCCUGUACGAUGCCUCCAUGCAGCUCCAAGAUCUGCAGAUUAGCGAUUCUGCAACCUACGAAUGCAUAGUGAAAAAGACCACUGAAGCUACCCACAGAGUGACCAUCAACGUUCAAGAAAGACCAGCACAGCCUCAGUGCUUGAUAAUUGGCGAGGUGGCAUACGGGCAGGACAUCACUCUUCGUUGCUUCACUUCCCUGGGCUCUCAGCCGCUCAGCUACCGUUGGUCCAUGUUGCAUGGAAGUAAUUUCAACAAUUGGAUACCUUCAGCAAGUGAGUGCUCUGUUCCCGGGGAUCUUCAGAUCAGCGACUUGUGCGAUGACCACGUGGGCACCUACCAGUGCAGCGUGGGCAACAGAGUUGGGGUGGCCUACUGUUCCGUGGAUAUUUAUUUAGGAGGAGGUUGGAGCAAAGGCUGGAUCAUCGCGGGCUCCCUGAUCAUCGCGCUGCUGGCCCUGGCACUCAUCAUCGGGGGCGUGAUCUGGUGCUGCUGGUGCUGCUGCGGCAAAGGUGGCGGUGGCUGGUGCUGCGGGGGGCAGUGCCCCAGCUGCUACUGCGGGAAGGAGUACUGCUGGGACUGCUGCUGUUCGUGCUGCUCGAAUGACAAGCCACAUCAGGAGUAUUCCCAGACCAAGGCCAGCGACAUCUGUGUGGAUGCUGAUGCUCCUCCAAGCAGACCGUGCAGCCAGGUGAUCAGCCGAGCCAGCAGCCUCCAUUCCUUGCUCGGCUACCAAACGAAGGGCGUCCAGUACACCCAAGGCCGCAAGUACACCCCUCCCAUUGUCCAAGUCAAGAUGACCUCUCCUCCGGACAGCGACGUGAGCGUCGUCCUGCCUCUCGAAAUCCCCUCUCCUCCAAAUUCGGAAGGGGACAUUUCAGAACCCUACUACCCCCCGAAAGGGGGCACCACCUACCCAGACACAGACCCCUGCCCCGACCAGAUUAAGGGCGAUAGCACCAAGGGCUCUCGGUCUCACAUCUACUCCGAGCCGCACAAUUUCACCUCGGCCAGUUCGGAUCCAACUGGGCUUCGCUGGAAGGAUGGAAACAGCAGGCAAUACAAGGGGACGGUGCUUAUGAUGCGGUCUUCAAGCAGGGAAGGUCUUUUGAUAUGAGCCAG